AUGAAACAACAAAUAACAAAAAUCAAUAAACAACGAAAGUUAAGAGGGAAAUCAACGAAAGCUCACCACAAUACAAAGAAACAUACAAAAACUGUUCCACUAAUUUCCACUCUUGUUGAUACGCGACAGCGGGUUCUAUUGGCUCAAGCUCAUCCAUGCAAACACAAAUACAGUUCCCAAAGUGCUUCACCCCUAAGUCCCACUGCAUCCUCAAUGUUAUGGAAUACAUCAGUUAACAAAAAAAAAACAAUAAUAAUAAUAAUACUAUCAGUUACCUCACGUCCUUCAACGCAUCAUCAUUCCCCUCCUUCUCAGCCUAUCAUAAUAAACUGCAUACUUCAUGUUAGUAAAUCACCACCUGACAAUCAAACAUAA